CAGUUGCGUUGUGCCUCUCAACUUACCUUCUGGUCAGAGCGAGAGGAUGGCGUGACACGUGGAUAGAUGAAAAGAGAGUCAGCAUUACGUUGCGACAUUGACAGUCUUUUGAGACUGCAUGCAUGUGAGAAUAACAGCUGAGAGAAGGUUGUUGUCUUUUAAGUAGCUGCGUUGUAUUGUUGAACAAGGAAACUGCCUGCAGAUCUUCUGGGGAAUUUCCAGUUCAUUUUAAGAUUAACCUAUGAAAUAAGAGAACCUGAGUGGAGAAAAUAAUGGAGAAGACGAAAGUAGAGAUGAGGAAGAGGAGGAAGGUUUUUAAUAUCUGCCUGCUGCUGCUGGCUCUGCUCCAAAUCACCGCACCCUCCUCAGCUGAAAACUCCACCCCCAAAUCCCCCACCACCACCACCACCACUUCAGCACCGAACCCAGCAGCUCUCAGAUACCUCACACACCCAGCGGACCUCACCGUGGCUGUGGGAGAUCCUGCAGUGUUUAGCUGUGGAGUUCCCAGAGCUUCUCCGACCUUCACCUUCACCUUCUAUGGGAGUCACGGCAACUACAGUCUCACAUGCCCCUCUGGCCACGUAGAAGAUAUCCCCCAGGCUCUGUAUGGAAGUUGUGGUUCGAAGAAAGGCGAGUCAUUGGCUGUGUGGACGCUCAAGGGAACCUCUUACUCAGACAACGGCACAAGAGUUGUGUGUCAGCAGCCAAACAAUCCUGCUGCACCUGCUGCUGUCCUGCAAGUUUAUGAUGACGGUCGCAGCUACUUCAUUCUCAUUGGCUGUGUCAUUGGGGGCUUCUUCGGCAUCCUGUUGGUGUUUGGUUUGUCGUACCUCAUGCUGCGGAGAUCUGAGACCCUCCAGACGUGGUUCAUUGUGUUAAAGAUGGGACACCUCACUAUUGUGGCUGUUAUAGCAGUUCUCUUCACGCUGUUUGUGGAAAUCGAAGCAAGUAAGGACCAAACUCCACUUUCACCUGAGACUGAUCCAUUUGCUUACAACUAUCAAAGGCUACGAAUUGGAGGGCUAGUCUGUGCCAGCUUGUUGUUUGUUGGAGGACUCAUGGUUUUAUUUUAUACCAGGUGCACCAGGAAGAACAAAAAAGUGGAAGAUGACAACAGUGAAAUCUGAUCGGGGGUAUGACUGAUAAACCGGUUCCGGCCAGGAAGAAGAGCUGAAAGGCAAGGAGCGGAGAGAUGUGGCUGCAUGGUGGGGGGUGUUUUUGUAAGAAAACACACAGGUUCAUAUGAUUACACCUGUACAGACCUGUGCAAUACUGUUUAAGCCAGAUGUAAAAACAGUCUGUAAAUGUCCCUGUCAUGAGUAUGAUGAAAUAAAUGUGUUCUUGUUUUUCAAAUGUAUCCACUUUGCCCAAAUCUGAUAUGUAAACUGAUAUGUGUGUCCCCUAAAAGCCCAUAGACCUUCACAAUUAACACAUUCUGCUUAGUUUGGUCAAUACCAUAAUGAUGCACACGGAUAUGCUGCAUUAUUAUAAACAUAAGGUGGUGUUUAGUCAAUUUGGCCUGCUGUUGUUUGCAUGUCUUGCUGUAUAAUAAAAUAGUUGGAUAAAUCAUGUUGUAAACCAUUGUAACCUUGACAACAUUUGAAAAAGAUUUAAGAAACAUUUGGCUUGCAUAUCAAAAUUGAAAAUAAAUUACUCCAUGCUAUACCAAA